CAUUCAUGCGCGCUAUCCAAGCCUCGGUCCUCCCUAACUCUCGCAGAACCCUCUACAACCCGCUCAAGAGCACAUACAGGACAUACGCCAAUGGUGCUCCUGCCCAGCGCGGUUAUCGUGCUAGCGCAAAGCUCUUCGCCGACGCCGCAAACGAGGAGACCGAGCUUGCGGAACAGGCAGCGAGAGCGAACAAGCUAGAGGCGUUGCGGAGCAAGCACGAGAAUUGGACGGGUGAUGAGUCAAUGCAAGAUGCAGUGCUUCGUAUGCUCGUCGACAAGUACAAGCCUAUGCGCGGUGGGCCCAUCCGCACCGCCGACGAGAAGCUGAAGAAGGCGCCGCCCCGGGUUGAGCCUGUAGAUCCUGCAGUAUUGCAUAGUUAUGGCUCUCCUGAAGCAUCAGAGCAGGCUGUUGUGCAGACGUCGUGGGGCGCAAGCAGCAAUCGGUCGUUGGCGGACGUUCCAUUACUCCCUGCGGUAGAAGGACACCAGCCAUGGCACACGACAUUCACAAUCCCUUCGCAUGCUCGAUCAUCUGUCAAGUACGGCAAUAUCCCAUCCUCCUCGGCAACCAGUAGGCUACCGCCGAAUCCGGAACUGCUCGACGAGAAAGCCCGCCGUAAGCUGCGGGAGAACAAGAAGCGCACGGAGCAGGCUGGAAGGCUUCAGAGUGCCAGAGAGUCGACUCUAGACUAUCGGCUCGGCAUCAAAGCUGGUGCGAAGGUUGCACAUGAUUCUGUGCGUCCGAGGGCGAACCCGACGGGGAUGAAGGGUUGGGCAAGCCUGGUAGAGGAUCGGAUAGAGAGGGCUCGCCAGGAAGGGCGUUUUGACAAGAUCGAGGGCCGCGGGCAGCCUCUUAAGCAGUUUGUUGAAGAGCGGAAUCCGUUCAUUGGUCGAGAGGAGUUUUUGCUGAAUCGUCUUGUCCAAAGACAAGGUGCUGCACCACCAUGGGUAGAUAUCCAGCAAGAGCUAGAGUCCGCGUUAAAGAGCUUCCGCGACGUUCUCCGCCAAUCCUGGACGCGAAGAGCUAUCCGAAUGCUCACCCUUGAGCAACCCGCGUCCCUUCUCUCAAAUAUAACCGUUGAGAAGAUCCUUACUUUCCGCGACACCGAGUGGGAAGCUCGCGAACGUGCAUACCACAGCGCCGCGCUCGAGGAGGUCAAUUCGCUCGUUCGCAAAUUCAAUGGCAUGGCACCCUACGCUGUGCGUCGAGGACACUACGCGCUCGAAGUCGAGUUGGAGCGAAUUUACAAGGAUAGUGCGGAGGACAUCCUAUCUGGCAUUGCUGAACGGGUAAGGGCUGGUACGGCUGGACGACGGAGGUCCAGCAGAGCUGCGUGGGAUGAUGAAAAUCGCGGGUCAGCUCAGUCUGCUGGCGACACAAGCUGGAGCCCGAUGCGGCUGCGCGAUUUUCUUCGCGACUGGCUUGCGUCGUUUAUGAAGCGAUAACAUCACUUUGCUAACACACUAUGCACAGCUUAUACAAUUUUACGUUUGGGUGCGAUAUGUAGUGUAGACCUCAGCUUAGAUGCGGUGUAUCGAUGUCCAGCCGUAUAGUAUCUGUGAUCGGUUAGUUUGAAGCGUGCCCACAAAGCUU